AUGUUACUGCCAAAUGUAGAAUACUUUGACUUAAUACGACUAGACUGUGAAGACGUCAAAGUAGGAUUAUCGAGAGAGUGCAAGCGCCUGGCAAAUAUUCUUCUUGAUCGCGUCGCUUCAGAUCAUCGAACCUGCAGCAAAGAAAUUUGUGCUGCUUUUGAAGAAAUUCGUGAGCGCUGCCGCAAAGAGCCUACAUCAAGUGAAGAGUUGAUUGAAAUGAUUCGUUACAUGGAGGAAGCAAGAUGUCAAGGGAUGCUCUGCCGUGAAUACCUUAAGUAUCUUUUAGAUGUUUAUCAAUUCAGUCCCGAAGAUAUUCGACUGAAUAGUGAAGUGCUCACCUGGCGUAAACGCAUUUAUCCUGAAUUUGAUGCGAAUGAUAAAGUAAGUAUAAAGCUCAUUUACGCUUAA